ACCACAUAUAAAAGAGGCGGGUGGCUUUCAUUGUAAGCUUGCUGUAUUGGUAAAGGGAUAGAUAGCUAGAUAGCUAUUUGCUUAGCUAGCCGAGAGUGAAGUAGUGCGUAGGAGAGGUGGUGAUCGAUCGGAGAAGGCGACAUGGAGGGAUUGAAGGGAGGGUUGAGUCACCUGUUGAUGAUGGUGUUUCUGCAUAACUUCUCGUCCUUCAUGGUGGUUCCGGCCAUCACCGACGUCACCAUGGCCGCCCUUUGCCCCGGACAAGACGAGUGCUCUCUUGCUAUUUACCUCACUGGUUUUCAGCAAGCGGUCAUAGGACUGGGAACGCUCGUGAUGAUGCCUCUGUUGGGCAAUUUCUCUGAUAUAUAUGGCAGAAAGGCUAUCCUCACAAUCCCCAUGACUCUCACCAUUCUUCCUUUAGCCAUAUUAGCUUACAGCAGGACACAGAAAUUCUUCUACGCUUACUACGUCUUCAAGACUCUCGUUUCCAUGAUUUGUGAAGGAAGUGUCCCUUGCCUCGCUCUAGCUUAUGUGGCGGAUAAUGUGAGCGAAGGGCGUCGAGCUGCUGCAUUUGGAAUCCUUACGGGUAUUGGAUCCGCUGCAUUCGUCUGUGGCACCUUAUCGGCUCGAUUCCUUACCACUGGCCACACUUUCCAGGUUUCUACUCUUGUGGCGGUGAUCGCAGCGGCGUACAUGAGACUGUUCCUUCCGGAUUCAAUCAUCGAUCAGAAUCUUUCUACUCCACUCACUUCACAAGCAAAGCUCAAGACUCCCAAAAUCGAUGCCCUCCCAAAAUCAAAUGUGAAUCCCUUUAAAACAUUGCCUUCCUUGAAGGACUUAACCUCAUUGCUGGGCAGCAGCUUGAUUGUUACGCAAGCAGCAAUUGUUGCAUUUUUCAACAACCUUGCCGAUGUUGGACUUCAUGGUUCAUUAAUGUAUUACUUAAAGGCUCGGUUUCAUUUUGACAAGAAUCAGUUUGCUGAUUUAAUGGUCAUUACCGGAAUUGCAGGGACUGUUUCACAGCUUCUUCUUAUGCCCAUUCUGGCUCCAACUUUGGGAGAGGCAAGGCUGCUUUCAAUAGGACUUUUUUUCAGCUGUCUACAUAUGUUCAUUUACAGCAUUGCUUGGGCUUCCUGGGUUCCUUAUGCUGCUGCCAUGUUCUCAGUGUUAAUUGUUUUUGCACAUCCUUGCAUGCGCAGUCUCGUAUCCAAACAUGUUCGUCCCUGUGAGCAGGGAAAGGCUCAAGGUUGUGUUUCGGGUGUUUGUUCAUUUGCGCAUGUUGUUUCUCCUUUGGCUUUCUCUCCUUUGACAGCUCUCUUCCUGUCUGAAAGGGCACCUUUCAACUUUCCUGGCUUCAGUAUAAUGUGCAUUGGAUUUGCUUCGAUGGUCGCUUUUGUUCAAAGUACGUUCAUAUGGAGGGCGCCCCCCAUUUCAAGUGACGUGAACGGAAAUUGCUUGGAGCCCUAAUUCUAAAGAUUAUUAUCAUCAUCAUUAUUUUCUCAAAAUGUGCAAAACACCCCACCUGGCUUCUUCCUUGCCUGGCUGUGUGGUGGUUCGUAUCAUUUCAGUGGCAGUGGCUGUUAUUUGUCCCAACGUCACCUUCAGCUAAGUUUUUGAGAAAGAAACAAGAUGUUUAAGUUCAUGCAGUGUCGUAAUUUUUCCGGGUACUGAAUAGUCUCGCUCUGUCUGGGAUUCGGAUGAAAAAAAUUACGAACAUUAAAUGUUGGUUUUUUACGGUCAUAAGCGUUUUGGAUGUGUUCCAGUUCAGGAACUGUAAUCUGAAUCCCAGUGUAAUCCCUUACUUCCCUUUCUGUCUUUAUAUUUGUGGAAAGGGUGAAAGCAUAAGCAUUUGGUCCGUUACAUUUGUGUCAAUUUUAGAUUUAUUAGCAAAAUUAGUCCAAA